GAUGCUCCCUACCAGUCAGACAAAACUGAAGAAGCCUUUCAGAUGAGAGGUGAAACGUCUUCAAGAAUCUUCAAGCAAGUCCAGUUGCUCUCUUUUACCACCCGCAGUUUACCAUGACCUGGAUGACAGAAUCUUCACAGACGGAAAAGGGGGAAUUUAUACAUUUCAAUUCUUUAUGAGCCAUCGGCAUCGCUUGUGACACCUCCCAACCUUCACACUCACUCUUCAGCCUCCUGCCCUCAGGGAAAAGGUACCGGAGCCUCCGGGACCGCUCCACAAGACUGCUGAACAGCUUCAUCUACCAGGCUGUCAGGAUGCUGAACUCUGUCCACUACCUACCCCCUACCCCUGAAGCCCCGCCUCUUGCUGACACUAGUCCAGUGUGUAAGAGGAUGCUGCAACAGUCACCAUCUGAUCUCAGACCAUCCUCAAUCUGAUAUAAAUCACAAAAAAGAAAGAAAAGAAUCAUUUAAUGUCGAUUGUAGCUGAUCAUCCUGGACUGCUGCUCUUAUAGAGCUGGAUCUUUUAUCUACCCAGAUCCUGAAUCUUCUCCCAUGUGACCAAAGAAGUGUCUAUCGACGACUUCUUCCAUCAAAUCGUAAGCCUUCGUCCUAUGGAGGGCUCCGUGGCUGGACACGCGACACACUUGCACAGGAGAACCUCAUCCCUGGGUUGUCUUUCAGAUCAUGUCAGUAAAGAGAACAUGACGAGAACCCGUACAGAAGAGUGGCAUGAUAGACCACCUGUACCAACCUUACUAGGUUAUGAGGUCAUGGAGGAAAGGGCAAAGUUCACGGUUUACAAGAUCUUGGUGAGGAGAGCGCCUGACGAGAGCUGGGUGAUUUUCCGGCGCUAUACGGAUUUCUCCAGACUCAACAACAAGCUCAAAGAGAUGUUUCCCAAAUCCAAUCUCUGUCUGCCACCCAAGCGUCGCUUUAAAGACAACUACGACAUGAAUUUCCUGGAGGACAGACAAGCAGGCUUGCAGGCUUUCCUCCAGAACCUGGUUGCUCAAAAAGACAUGACGAAGAGUGAUGUCGUGAGAGGGUUCCUGUGCUUGGACGACCCACCAGGACCCUUCGAUAGUCUGGAAGAGAGCAAGGCCUACUGCGAGACCCUGGAGGAGACCAACCAUCGGCUGCAGAGGGAGCUGCAGGAUAAACAGCGGGAAAUCCUGUCUCUUAGACGAAUCCUGGAGGAUCGAGAGCUCCAAAUCUGCCGGCUGGAGAAAACCAAGAACAGCAUCUGCGAUGAGUUAAGCGAAGUCUGCACGGUGUGUAGUGAGACCUUGAAGGUAGACGCUCACACGGAGCUGGAAAUUGAAGCAGCAAGGACAGAUGACGCAAACAACCCAGACAGCAGGUUGGAGCUCCAGUUGGCAAAGAGAAGCCAUGCAGCUUGCUGGAGUGGUUCGGCCUCACAAGACAGUGAGCGUGUGAGCUUCCCCAGAUCAACAUAUCUCAAGGACCAAGCUGAGAACUUCCAUCCUCUGCGUUCUGGAAUGAUAUAUUUGGAUUCUUGGAAAUGAGCUUGAAGAGGUCAACGAUCUAAACACCUGGAGCAAAAAUGAUCUGUGGUGAUAUUUACAAGCCACGACUGUUUUUUUUUUUUUUCUUCUCAGCGGAAAUAUUUUGGAGUGAUCUGAACAGCUGGGAUGAGAAAGAUCAGAACUAUUUACAAGGCAAGAUGUGAUGGCAUCUUCUAUGUUACAGAAGGGGAUUUUGUGCAGUGCCUUUUUAUCUUCAAAAUCGCCAAACAACACGUUUUUUUUAAGUGAACAUCUGGAGUAGGCAUUAUGAAGUCUGUUUGAUUGCAUUUUCUCAAGGGCUUGGCUGUAUUUGGAGUGCUUUUGUUUGUGUGUGCGUAUGUGUGUGCACAUUAAUCUACUGCUAUUAAGAUGCACUUGAUAUAAUCCAUCAUUGUUUCUAUAGUAACAACUCAUUUAGGGAAUAAACAGAUUUUCAGUGCUGUUCUCAAAAAAAGAAGAAUCAUUGAUAAGGCAAAGUUUUC